AUGAAACCUACGAACUUAGAAAUAGUUUCAAAAGAAAUUCAAAUUUCUCAAAAAUUAAAAUUUAAAAAAAUAGAUGAGAAGGCACGUAAGUUUAAAACUACAAAUAUAGCAUUACCUAUAUUAACUGAUAUUAAUGAUGAUAUUGAAUAUAAUACACCUAAUGUAUCAGAGGAUGAAUUAUCUGAUAAGAAAAAUAAUGAUGAUAAAAAUGCUAAAUGGAAAUUUCAAGAUAUUUUUAUUGAAAAUUUAGGAAUACCUGACUAUUUGGCGAAUUUUAUUAAUAGUAAUAGUUAG